UAGUGUGUGAAGUGUAGCUCCUCCACAGCGAGUGGAGCAGGCACUGAAGGUUAAAACCGUGGAGGUGGAGUGUGCGGACGUCCAUCUUCCCCGCAAACUCAUACGGUCUUGUGUCCGAGGAGGACUUCAGUUCAUCUGGACGCUAAAGUAGGAUGCAGACAGUCGGUAAACUCAUGAAGGUUUUCUUGACGAGGCGCAUCCCGCCUGAGGGGAUGAAGAUCCUGUCAGCGGCUGGAGUGUGUGAGGUGUCCCUGUGGGACUCGGAUGAACCUGUACCUAGGGCAGAGCUUCUCAGAGGUGUGCAAGGGGCCCACGGGCUUCUGUGCCUGCUGUCGGACAAGAUCGAUGCUGAGGUUCUGGAUGCUGCAGGACCAAACCUGAAAGUAAUCAGCACUCUGUCUGUGGGAUUUGACCACUUGGCUCUGGAAGAAAUCAAGAAGCGUGGGAUACGUGUUGGAUACACGCCGGAUGUCCUGACUGAUGCCACAGCUGAACUGACUGUAGCCCUGCUGCUGGCCACCGCUCGCAGGCUACCGGAGGGAGUGGAGGAAGUAAAAAAUGGUGGCUGGAGCUCGUGGAAGCCUCUCUGGCUGUGUGGUUAUGGUCUGUCUGGCAGCACCGUAGGAAUCAUUGGACUGGGACGCAUUGGCAUGGCCAUAGCUCAGAGACUCAUGCCCUUUGGAGUGAAGAGGCUUCUCUACUCUGGGAGAACAGCCAAGGCCCACGCUGCCAAGGUGAACGGAGAGUUUGUUCCACUGGACACACUCGUGUCUGAGAGCGACUUCCUAGUUGUGUCCUGCUCCCUGACACCAGAAACCCAGGGGCUGUGCGACAAGGCCUUCUUCAGCAAGAUGAAAAACACAGCAGUCCUCGUCAACUCAAGCAGGGGAGCUGUGGUGAACCAGGAGGAUCUGUACGAGGCUUUGACCAGUGGACAGAUAGCUGCAGCUGGACUGGACGUCACAACACCUGAGCCACUCCCAACAAACCACCCCCUUCUUACACUUAAAAACUGUGUGGUGUUGCCACACAUCGGCAGUGCCACCUACUCCACAAGAGGCAUCAUGGCAGCUUUGUCUGCUAAAAACCUGCUGGGGGGUUUACAGGGCGCAGACAUGCCCAGUGAACUCACCUUCUAGUGCCUGAAACUGAGCCGCAGUGCCUACAGUGCUGCCUCCUCUGGUGCUGCAGGGAUGACAGAUAGCAGUAAGGUACUGGCCUCACUGUGGUCUCCAAUGUGAGAUCAAAGUUGAUCAAAGGGUGAGAAGAAUAAUGAGAAUACUAAUGUAGCGCAGAUAGUUUUCAUGAACUUGUCAAAGUUAAUGCCAAAAUGUGCAUUUUUGAGGAAGGAAAUGCUCAGUGUAAGGUUUAGAAAUUUCAGACACGUAUUCAAGUUCUUGAAAAUGUGGCUAAUGAAUUAACUAGUUGAACUCCCUAACCUCAGCUCUUGUCAAAACACACUAUACAUGUCUGUCUUCUGUAGAGAGCUGCAGUUAAACUGAAGAACUUUCUCCUUCAAAACAGAAUCAGUGGUUGUUAUCGCUCUCAUUCUUAAUGUUUGUUAUUAAGAGUACCUUUACACUUCUGGUUCUGCACUUUACUCUGAUGUUAAUGCUCCAUGUCUACAGGACAGCACAGCACUCCAGUUUUGUGUGAAAUGAAGAAUAAAAACCGAUGGCUUUGUUCAAAUGUAAUGCUUUGUGUGUG